GCCCAGAGUGCAUCGUACCUAAAUUGUCAUCGUGACAUACAAGAAAAUGGGUUAACUUCUGAUGGAGGUACCUUCUGUUUGCAUCAUUUGAGGCCUGCCUGCCUUUCUGCACUGACAGCGACAUUGUUAUGGAUGGCAUAAUGACCACAACAUUGCAUCGGUUUCCCACAAAUUUGACCCAAAUCAAUCCCACAUUGUGAGGACAGAGAAGAAGAGGACAGGAGGGCUCUUUAAACAAGGACCAUGAACCUUCACCAAGUCCUGACGGGGGCAGUCAACCCAGGGGACAAUUGUUUCUCUGUGGGCAACAUCAACAACCAGCCCUUCACGGCCUAUGCGUCUGGCUGUGACGUUGUGAUUCUGGGCAGUGACUUUGAGAGGCUGCAGAUUAUUCCAGGGGCCAAACAUGGCAACAUCCAGGUGGGCUGUGUGGACUGCUCCCUGCAAGGAGGACAGAUUGCGGCUUCCUAUGGAAGUAUAGUGUGUAUAUUCCAGCCUGUUCUGCUUCAGAGCGACAGAACAUCUACGAAACCGAGCUACCAGUGGCAGAGGAGGGAGCGUAUUCUGCUGCAGUCUGCAGCCCGAAACCUGGCAUGGCACCCUGCUGGCACCCAUCUCCUAACCGGGUCCACGAGUCUACAGCUGUGGUCCUGCAGGGAUGACUCCGAGGAGGAGGAGGAGGAGGAGGAGGAGGAUAGAGGACAGACAGGGCUGACCAGCGGAGAUGAAGGCCAGAAGGCUGGGAUGACCAUCUCAGACUCCCAUUCCUCCUGGAGGUGCAUCUGGAACUGCAGGACCGCCUCUCCGGUCCACCUGAUGAAGUUCUCUCCCGACGGCGAGUUCUUCGCCACCGCAGGCCAGGAUGAUUGCCUGGUGAAGGUGUGGUACAGCACGUCUAAGUGGCAGGCUGGCGUCUCCAAGCUGUUCAGUCCUCCGGAGCCGGGAUCCCACCACGGUGACCUGGACCUGUCCUUCGUGUACCUCGCUCACCCUCGCUCCGUCACCGGCCUGUCCUGGAGGAAGACCAGCAGAUACAUGCCCAGGGGGUCUGUGUGUAACGUGCUGCUCACCUGCUGCAAGGACAGCGUGUGUCGCCUGUGGGCGGAGACUCUGCUGCCCGGCGACAGCCUCCUCUCCGGGCACCAUAGCGACCCGCUCCUCGCCACGGCGACCGGGAGGAAGGCGUCGUCCUCCGCCAGGACGCAAAACAAGAAAUCCCAGGAGCUAAACCUACAGGAGUCGUGGAGGGUGUCGGGGCUGAGGGGCGUGGCCCAGCCCUCUUUGACUGGCUGCCUCCCUCACCAGGCCGGCCGGCACCACGCCCACAAGACCACGGCCCCGCCCCACGCCAACGGCCUGUGCCACUUCCACAUCGCGGCCAGCAUCAACCCUGCUACAGACAUCCCCCUGCUGCCCUCCAUCUCCUCGCUGUGCGGUGCGGAUGAGGAGGAGCCAGGAGGGCCGUUCACCGUCCACUGGCUGAACAACAAGGAGCUGCACCUCACCCUGGCCAUGGAGGUGUUCCUGCAGCAGCUCAGAGGCAGCCUGGAAGGGCAGGCCUCCGACCACACACACAGGGAAGACGUCGACGCCAGUGAAGACGACCCUGGCAGAGGACCUCCCUCCGAGGAGGCCGGGGCUGGGGCCGGGGCCGGGGCGCCCCUGCAGCCACCUGCGCUAGCGGUGGAGCACCAUGUGGAGGUGCUCCUGGAUGAGUGGAGCCGAGCGGCGGACAUGCUGUUCAGCAUCCACCCCAUGGACGGCUCUCUCCUGGUCUGGCACGUCGACUGGCUGGACGAGUUCCAGCCCGGAAUGUUCCGGCAGGUCCAGGUCUCCUUCGUGUCUCGUAUCCCGGUGGCGUUCCCCACCGGCGACGCCAACUCCCUCAGCCGCAGCGUGGUGAUGUACGCCUGCAACAAGAACGUGGACCUAGCCAUCCAACAUGGGCGCCGCCGCCCUGCCCGCAGCCUCCCCCGCUCCUCCUCCACCCUCAUCAGCUACGGCGGGCAGGCCAAGGCCCCGCCCAGCGCCGGCUCUCGCCUCAGCAUCUUCACCCCCAACGUCCUGAUGAUCUCCACCCACGCCGACGGCUCUCUCAACCAAUGGGCCGUCAGCUUCGCCGAAGACUCCGCCUUCUCCACGGUGCUCAGCGUGUCGCACGUGUGGCGUUACUGCGGGCACCGCUUCCACCUCAACGACCUGGCCUGCCACCCUCUGCUGCCUCUGCUCCUCACCACCUCCCACCACAACGCCCUCCGCACGCCCGACACCGACGCCCUGCUGGCCGCCCCGGAGGAGGGCGGGCCCCCCAGGGGGGGCCGGCCCAGCAGGGCAUCCCUGGGGGUGUCCAGGGACCCCAGCGCCAUCUACAGCGAGCUGGUGCUGUGGAGGGUGGACCCCGUGGGGCCCCUGUCCUUCUCCGGGGGCGUGUCGGAGCUGGCCAGGAUCAACUCUCUCCAUGCCUCUGCCUUCAGCAACGUGGCCUGGCUGCCUGCCCUGGUGCCCAGCAGCUGUCUGGGCAUGUACUGCAGCUCCCCCAGCGCCUGCUUCGUGGCCAGCGACGGCCAGUCCCUGAGGCUGUACCAGGCGGUCAUAGAGGCCAAGAAACUGUUGAGCGAGCUCUCCAACCCCGAGAUCGCCAAAUCCGUAGGGGAGGUGUUCAACAUCAUCAGCCAGCAGUCCACUGCCAAACCAGGCUGCAUCAUUGAGCUGGACACCAUCACUGACUUUCAGGGGAAGGAGACCCAGCUGUUGCAUGUGUUUGAGGAGGACCUGAUCCUGGGCAGUGAGAGGCCCCAGGCCAGCCUCCAGCCUCCAGCCUCAGACUCUGUCUUCUGUGCCAGGUUCUUCCUGGUGGUGGUGGAGCUGACCCAGACAGGCAAGUCUCUCCUGCACAUGUGGCACCUGCAGCUGGACGCUCUGCCUGUCACCAUGGAGGAGGCCCCUGCUCCGGGCUCGUCUCCCCAGAAGGGCUCGUUCAGCUUCAGCCCUCCUGCGGCGCGAGGGAGGCGGCCCUGCUGCACCUCCAACCUGCAGAGCGCCCGCCGCCUGUCCCUGUCCACCCAGCGCCUCUGCAGCCAGGACGUCAGCCUACCCCCGGGGAUACAGGUCCUCACCGCCACGCCCUCUGCAGGUCACCUAAGUGCCUCCUCCCUCCAGCCAGCCGGCCGCGCCCCCUACCUCAUCGCCACUUCCUGUUCCGACAACCAGGUACGCUUCUGGCGCUGCAGCGUCACGGGGGCGGAGCCUCUGGCCUCCCCGGACCUCACCUACCAAUGGGAGGAAUGGCCUCUGCUGGUGGAGGAAGGGCUGGCCAAUAGCAGUGCGGUGAGCGUGUCGGGUCGACCAGUGGAGGUUAGCUGCUGUCACACGAGCCGGUUGGCCGUGGCGUACCGACACACCCCCUCCUCCCCUCCCCCGAGCACCUCGUCACCGUACGCCAUCCUGAGCCACGCCCCUAACCCCAGCUCCAACCCUCACCUCUGUCUAAACCUCACCUCUGACCGCAGCCCCAGCCCCUACCCCAGCCCCAACUCCGACCUCAGCCGUAGCCUCAACCCCAGCCUCAGGGCGCCUCUGGUCCACGUGGAGAUCUUCCAGUGCGAGUCCACGGGAGGUUCCCAGUGGGUUCUAGAACAGACUCUGACUCUGGAAGACUCUGACCACACUCCCUCCAACAACAACAUCCUCAUCAACAACACCAUCCACGUCCCUCCAGACAGCCCCCCGGACCUGCCCCCCCCGGACCUGGCCCCCUCCUGCCAGGAGGGCCUCGGUGGGGGGCCCCUGGUCCACCUGGACUGGGUCUCCAGGGAGGACGGCUCCCACAUCCUGACGGUGGGGGUGGGCUCCAGGCUCUACAUGUACGGCCUGCUGUCUGGGAAGCCCCCAGAGCUGGGCCUGUCUGGGGCGGACAGGCCCAGCCACAGCCCUGCCCGGAUGGUCCUGCUGCGCUCCGUGGAGCUGGUGUCGUCUGUGGAGGGCUCCCUCCCUGUGCCCGUGUGCCUGUCCUGGGUCCGGGACGGCAUCCUGGUGGUGGGGAUGGACUGUGAGAUGCACGUGUAUUCCCAGUGGCAGCCCCCCUCCAGGCCUCCACCCGCCCCAGACGCCAGGGGCAGCUCCUCGUCCAUCCCCUCCACCCUCCAGCAGAGCCAGGAGGAGGGGCUGGCCCCGCCCAGGAGGGCGCUGACACGCUCCAUGACCAGCCUGGCCCAGAAGCUGAGUGGGAAGAAGACAGCGUACGACCUGCCCGUGGAGAUGGAGGACUGCGGGCUGUUUGAGGCAGCGCACCACCUCUCCCCCACUCUGCCCCAGUACCACCCAAUCCAGCUGCUGGAACUCAUGGACCUGGGCAAGGUGCACAGGGCGAAGGCCAUCCUCUCUCACCUGGUGAAGUGCAUCGCUGGGGAGAUUGUUGCCCUUAGAGACAGCUCCACCAGUCAGGAGCGACGUCUCCGGUCCCGGGCAAUCAGCGCCGGCGGCAGCACGGCUCGCGACUCCCGCUUCCUCAGCAAGGCCGAGAGCUCCGCCUCCGACUACACAGAGAUCGACUCCAUCCCCCCCUUGCCCCUCUACGCCCUGCUGGCGGCUGAUCAGGAGACAAGCUCCAAGCCUGUAGACCAGCGGGGCAGUGUCAGCGGCGACAGCGGCCAUGGCUCCAGCCAGACGGACGCCUACGACGAGCUCUUCCACGCGCCCCCCGGCGCCGACCUGGACCCCCUGGACGGCGAGGGCGAGGACGCGGGGUCGAAGGUCAUCGACCUGUCCAGGUACAGCCCCGCCUUCUUCGGGCCGGAGCACGCCCAGGUGCUCUCCAGCCACCUGCUGCACUCCAGCCUGCCUGGACUCACUCGCAUGGAGCAGAUGUCCCUCAUGGCCCUGGCCGACACCAUCGCCUCCACCAGCACCGACCUGCGCGCCUGCCAGGCCAAGAGCAAAGGUGGAGAGACGUUGGAUGAGUGCGGUCUGAAGUUCCUGCUGGCUGUGAGGCUCCACACCUUCCUGCUCACCUCCCUGCCCCCUGCUCACCGCUCACCGCUGCUCCUCCAGGGCCUCUCCACCUGUCACUACGCGUGGGCGUUCCACUCGGAGGCGGAGGAGGAGCUGGUGGGCUUGCUGCCGGGGCUGCAGAGAGGGGACCCGUCCUGGGCGGAGCUCUGCUCAAUGGGCCUGGGCUGGUGGCUCCGCAGCGGGGACAAGCUGCGGCGCUGCAUCGAGAAGGUUGCCAAGGUGUCUUUUCAAAGGAACAACGAUCCUCUGGAUGCAGCCGUCUUCUAUCUGGCUAUGAAGAAGAAGGCAGUGGUCUGGGGUCUGUACAGGUCUCAGAACAACUCCAAGAUGACAGCCUUCUUCAGCAACAACUUCAGCGAGGAGCGCUGGAGGAAGGCGGCGCUGAAGAACGCCUUCUCCCUCCUGGGAAAGCAGCGCUUCCAGCACGCUGCCGCCUUCUUCCUAUUGGCUGGCUCCCUCAGGGACGCCGUGGAGGUGUGUGUGGAGAAGCUGCAGGACUUGCAGCUGGCUCUGGUCAUCGCCAGGCUGUACGAGUCUGAGUUCGAGACGGCCUCCACGUACAAACGCAUCCUCCACAGACACGUGCUGGGCCGCGACACGCAGAUGGCUCCCCACCCAGACCCCUUCCUGCGCAGCAUGGCCCUCUGGGUACUGGAGGACUACAGCCACGCCCUGGAAACCCUGCUGGAGCAGCCUGCCAGCAGCAUGGGUGUGUCGUCCAUGUCUCCCUGCAACCCGGAGGUGUUUAACUUCUACACCUUCCUCCGCACCCACCCCCUGCUGCUCCGCCGCCACCUGGGCUCGUCUGAGCGCGCCCGCGGGGGCCUGACGGCGCAGGGCCGCCGGCUCGACUCCAUCACCCUGCUGGAGAGGAAGCUGUUCUUCACGGCGGCCCACACACACCUGCAGGCGGGCUGCCCCAUGCUGGCCCUGGAGGUGCUCUCCAAGAUGCCCAAGGCCCACACCCGCUCCAGGGUGCUCCUCAGCCAGGACCACCCCGCCUCCGGAGCCUCGGAGCCGGGCGCGGGGUCAGGCGAGGGGGAGGCUUCGAGGAGGGAGCAGGCCUCGGAGCUGGAUUGGUCCCAGCCGGUUGUGAACGGGACGGAGUCUCUGUCUGGCAGCUUGUCGGUCAGCCGGUCGGAAUCGGUGCUGAGCUUUGACUGGAGCCAACCCUGCUUGGCCCCGACAGAACCCCUGGACCUGAAGUGGGAUGAUGAUGAGGAGGAAGGGGGGGGCUGCGUCGAGGAACGAGGGGAUGCUAAUAACACCCCCGUCGUGCUCCAGGACUCCGUCUCCCCGUCGACGGAAACCUCCGUCACCCCCGACGAUGACGAUGCCGUCGUCGUGGCAGCGUCAGACGACAUCUUGGCGGCCCAGCUGAAGUUCGGCGCCUGCCUGAAGAUACUGACGGCGGAGCUGCGGACGCUGGCCAGCGGCUCGGAGCUGGACGGGGGCAAGCUGAGGCACCAGCUGUGCCUCUGGCUGGAGAGGGAGGUGGCAGCACUGAGGAGCGUCUGCAACUACACACCCUGCCUGGUCCUGGACCAGGACCAGGCCCUGGAGGGGGAGGGAGCCGGGGGAGACGAGAGGGGGGAGGCUGGGGAGGGCCGGGGCAGGACCCGGAGGCUGUGGCUCCAGAGGAACCAGCCCCUGCUGAGGAUGUUCCUGAGCUACUGCAGUCUGCACGGCUCCCAUGGGGGAGGGCUGGCCUCCGUACGCAUGGAGCUUAUCCUGCUGCUGCAGGAGUCCCAGCAGGACGACAGUGUCCAAUCAGCGAUGGCUCCCAGUCCACACCACCACUCCAUCCCUCUCCUAUUGGCUUGUACUGCCAGCGCCAAAACCGUGGUAGCCAAUCCCAUCGUCCACCUGACCAACCUGACCCACGACAUCCUGCACACCAUCAACGCCCUGGAUUCACCCCCUCACCCCGACCUGGUCAACAACGAGAUCUACGUGAUGCACAGCCUGGCUGCCUCCCUGUCUGCCUGCAUCUACCAGUGUCUGUGUGCUGGGCACACACACAGUCAUGUGAACCAGUUCACGGGCAUGGUGUACCAGAGUGAGCUGCUGUGCCCCACGGCCCCCCCCAGGACCACCAGCCUGGGGGGCACCCUCCUGCCCAACACCCCCCCCGCCCAGUGGCCAGGCAUGGCGUCUCUGGUGCGGCUGCUGAGCUCUGCGGGGGAGGACGUCCAGCCGAGCGUGGCCGUGCUGCUGUGUGAGAUCCUGUCCUCCGUCUUCCUCAGCCUGUUCGUCCACGGCCUCGCCACGCACUCCAGCAACGAGCUGUUCCGCGUCCUGGCCCACCCCCUCAACAGCAAGCUGUGGGUGGCUGUGUUCGGGGGCGGGGCCAUGACUCCCGCCCUGGAGAAGGCCAGCCCAGUGGGGUGUCCCCCUGUGUCGCCCUCCAGCGAGGACGUGGACAGGAAGAGGCGGCGCUUCAGGCUGCUGUCGUCACGGAGCGGCUCCAGGGAGGCUUCUGAUAGGCCGGGGCCAGAGAGGGAGGGGCCAGGCAGCCCCCCGCCGGUGGCGGAGCAGCAGGAGGCGGCCAUCUUUAAAGAACACUUUGUCCCUCCUGAACUCAGUAUCUGGGAUUUCUUUAUCGCCAAGCCGUUCCUGCCCCCGUCAGAGAGCAGAGUGGAGUACGACUCUGAGGAGAGCCAGGACAGCCAGGAGGAGGAGGAUGAGGAGGAGGAAUAUGACGAGGACACAUUUGAAUCCAGCUCUCCCCUCCGGGAACAUUCCAACCACAACUCCUACAGCUGGUGUCUGAUGCGUCUGUCCAUGGUCCAGCUGGUUCUGGGAAACCUCAAGUCCUUCUACCCCAUGGCUGGUUACGACCUGCUAGACCUGCCUGUGGCCUCUCCUCUGUGCCACGCUGUGUUGAAGACGCUGCAGCGCUGGGAGCAGGUCCUGCUGAAGAGGCUGGAGCUGUUUGGAGGGCCUCCCUGCAAGUACAUCUCCACACCCCCCCUGGACCAGCCCCCCGCCUCCGGCCCUGCCAUCCUCAGACACAAAGCCCUGUUUGAGCCGUCCAACACACCCUUCAGGUCCAGCCACCACUCUGCUCUGCCAGUGCGUCGCCUGUGGCAGUACCUGGUGAAGCAGGAGGAGAUCCAGGAGACCUUCAUCAGGAACAUCUUCACCAAGAAACGAGAUCCCAGCGAGUCGGUUGAGGACCACAGUGUGACAUGCUCAAACACAGCAGAGGAGCCUGGCCAUAAUCAGAUUGAGGCAGACCAGGGAUACCCUGGAGGGAAGGCGCGAAUCAUCCACAAGGAGUCUGACAUCAUCACGGCCUUCGCUAUCAACAAGGCCAACCGUAACUGCCUGGUAGUAGCGUCCACCCAUGACAUCCAGGAGCUGGAUGUGUCGUCCAUCUUGGCCACUCAGAUCCUGACGUGGGUCGAUGACGAGGCUGAGACCGAGGCAAAGGGCCUCAGCAAUGAAGACUUCCUGAUCAUCCACGCCAGAGACGACUUUAACACGCUCCACGGCACAACUCCCUACACCCACAGCAGCCCAGGCACGCCCAUCAACAUGCCCUGGCUGGGGGGCCUUCAGACGGGCAGAGGAGCAGCCGUGCUGAUCAAGAGGAACAUCAACAACGUGCGAAGGAUGACCUCUCACCCCACCCUGCCGUACUGUGAGUAGCACUUCCUCUUCCUGGUCGCAAGCCAAUCAGAUCCUCGGAAACUGGUGUAGGAUGGGAAUAGGUACUGGGUUAGGAGA